AUGUCUGCUACUCAUAGAAACAGCUCGACAGCAUCUCGGCACGGAUCUGAAGACGUGAACAAGACUUACGAAGACGUAGAAGCAGACUAUAGUAAAUACCUGCCUACAUAUGACUCCAUCCAAUCCAAAUACGAAGAAGUGGGUAAAGCGUUAAAGAAAGUCCAGGACACAAUUAGAAUAAGGCUAGACACGUCUCAUUGCGAGCCGCUCUUUAGUAAAGAACUUCACAAUAAAAUAACUGGCUGGAUUGAGGAGGUCAACAAACGGGAGGACUCCCAGGAGAUAAGUGGACAAGUUAAGAAGAUCUGUGAUGAAUUUGCUGAGACACUACAAGAACUAGCUAAACUUAAAAGGGAUGCUACAGAUGCUAAAAGGGCCAAAGAUAAAGGGGCACUCCAGAAAGUAAUUAAGAAAAUGAAGGGAUAUGAAGAUGAAUAUUACCGGGUAUAUGCGAAAGGUGCACAUAGGCAUGCACCAGCCCUUCCUUUGAAGUAG